AUGAAGUUCACCACUGUCAUCGUCGGCCUCUUCGCCACCAUCGCCGUUGCCGCCCCUGCUAUGGAGAGCGCCGAGGUCCUCGAGGCUCGAGUCGUUGCCGCCGCUGAGGAGCUUGUUGCCCGCCAGAUCUGGACUUGCACUUGCACCAACCACAAGAAUGUCUGCUGCGGCGCCAUGGGUGCCUGCUACACUGGCAAAUGCUAA